AUGACACCGCCGUUAGAGGCGCUUCCCACCGCGGAGCGGCCCCGCGCGGGGACCGGCUCAGCCGCGGCGAAACGCCCGCGAGGGCUUCGCUUUCCCGGCACCCGAACGGGCGGCCGAGGCCGCGCGGGUGACGGGCUCCCAGCCCCCGCGGGGCGGCGAAGUGCCCGGGAUGUCGGUGUCGUGCUGCCGCAGCGGGCUAAUCCCGGCUACUUAACCCGGCGGGCGGCGGGGCUGAGCACCACCUUAAUCCACGACGUGAGCGCGCCCGCCCGCCCGCCAGGAGCUUGCAGGGCCGUGGCGUGCCGGCCGUGUCCAGCCGCGGGGUCCCCGACGGUGUGGCGGUGCGCUCCCGCGGCGGCUCAGCCCCGCAUCCGCUGCCCUCAAGGUCACGCCGUGCUCCGGCUGCACGGUGGCGGCCAGGUGCACGCUCCGGUUACCUGCGGGGAGAACCGGCGAAAGCCCAGGAGCGCGGCAUCCAGCCCCUCCGGCCGCGCCGCCCCACCGAGCGAGCCCGGCGACGGCUCGCAGCCCCGCGGCGGGAGCGGAGCAACGCUGCACCUGCCACCACGCUGUUGCCCGCCCCGGUCGGCCAGCUGUGAGGAAAGCCGCCCCGAGCCGCCGCCGCGCUUACCUCUGCGCCGUGGGGCCAACGCAGCCGCCGGUCGGGGGCCAGGACGAGGCGCCCGUAAACCUGACGCCGCCCGCUCGUUCGCUCGCCGAGCGCACAAGGUCCCCGCGCUCCCCGCCCUGCCCACGGCCGGCCGGCCCCGCCGCGCCGCCCCCGCCCUGCGGCCGCGCGAGGAGGGCGGGAGAGGGGGCGGGGGGGGUGAAGCGGCGACCGAAUUGGGGAGGGAAGGAGGGAGGGAGGGGGCACCGGCGCGGGGAGAGCCGGGGGAGGAGAAGGAAGGAGGGAGGGAAGGAGGGAGGGAGGAAGGGGGGCGCGGACCGCCCGCCCCGCCCCCGUCGCCUCACCGGCAGGAAUCAGCGAUUCGCCCUCCUCGCGGGCGCUCCCACCGUCGCCGCCGCCGCUCCCCGGGGCCCGCCCGCCUCCUUUCCCCCGCACGCACCGGGCAGCGCCGAGCGCGCCGCCGAGCCCCUGCGCCGCAGAGCAACCGCUACAGGAGCCGGGCGCCACCGGGCAGGGCGGGGCGGGGCGGGGCGCAGCGAUCCGCCCGCCUCCCGCCUCCGCCCGCCCGCCGCGGUCACUCACUUGCCCGCGCCCGUCGCCCCCUCUUCUCCCGGCGCCGCGGCCGCCGGUCCUCGCCGCCUGCGGAGUGCGGGCCACGUGACGGGGCCCCUCUCUCGGCCGAGGAAGGGGGGGGGGGGGUCUCGACGUGCGGAGUCUUCAAUGGGGGAGGUGGAGGCGGGGCCCCGGUAGGCACGGCGCCCGCGGAGGCGGAGCCCCGCGCCGCUGCCCGCCCGCCGCCGCCGCCGCCACUGGCGGGCGGGAGGCUGACGCGCUUGUUUCCAUGA